AUGGCAGGCUCUAAGAUUGACGCCUACGUGGACUGCGGGAAUAAACCGCCGUGGACACUACCCGCCAAAGCAGCGUACUCAAAAUUCGACUCGGAGCGGGCGUGUAAAUACUUUGGGGUGCCGCCCAUCAAGCCGCCCGAGUUUUUCCCAAUCCUAUCGAUCAUGCCCCAACGCUGCAUGAUCUAUGUCAAGCGCAACUACCCGCGCGAACGCUUCGAGACCACAUUCCUAUCUCUCUGGGAAGCGAUGUUCUACAAAGGGAUUGACAUCAGCAAGCCUGAAGCCAUGGCAGAGCUGCUGAAGGGCCAUCAGUAUUCGGAGCAGGAGAUCCAGACGAUUUUGAAGGCAGCGUCCAGUCCCGAGUAUAAGCAGGCCCUGACGGAUAACACACAGGCGGCGCUUGGGAAAGGCGCGUACGGGGCGCCGUGGUUCUGGGUGCGUAAUGCACAGGGCAAGGAAGAGCCGUUCUUCGGUAGUGAUCGGUUUGCGUUCAUGUGGCAGUAUCUAGGAUUGCCCUUUGAAGAUGUUACUAUUAAAGCCCGUCUCUAG